GAACUGUGCGCAUUUGGCAUUCAAGCACUUACCGCCUGGAAAGUACCCUCAACUACGGUAUGGAGAGAGUGUGGUGUGUGGCCAGUUUAAGAGGAUCCAAUAACGUGGCUUUGGGAUAUGACGAAGGCAGCAUUAUCGUUAAGCUUGGUCGUGAAGAACCUGCUAUGUCCAUGGAUGCAAAUGGAAAAAUAAUUUGGGCUAAACAUUCAGAAGUCCAACAGGCUAACUUAAAAGCUAUGGGAGAUGCUGAAAUCAAAGAUGGAGAAAGAUUGCCGCUGGCUGUAAAGGAUAUGGGGAGCUGUGAAAUCUAUCCUCAGACAAUUCAGCACAACCCUAAUGGCAGGUUUGUAGUAGUGUGUGGUGAUGGCGAAUACAUCAUCUACACGGCGAUGGCUUUGAGAAACAAGAGCUUUGGUUCUGCACAGGAGUUCGUAUGGGCACAUGAUUCUUCAGAAUAUGCAAUCAGGGAGAGCAACAGUGUUGUAAAGAUAUUUAAAAACUUCAAGGAGAAGAAGUCAUUCAAACCUGAUUUUGGAGCAGAAGGUAUCUAUGGUGGUUUCCUGUUGGGGGUCAGAUCUGUUAAUGGUUUGGCAUUCUAUGACUGGGAAAACACAGAAUUGAUUCGCAGAAUUGAAAUUCAGCCCAAACACAUUUUCUGGUCUGACUCGGGUGAGCUUGUCUGCAUUGCUACAGAAGAGUCCUUCUUCAUUCUGAAAUACCUAUCAGAAAAAGUUGCAGCAGCCCAAGAAACACAUGAAGGUGUCACUGAAGAUGGAAUUGAAGAUGCUUUUGAGGUUCUCGGUGAGAUUCAGGAGAUUGUGAAAACAGGCCUGUGGGUAGGUGACUGCUUUAUUUACACCAGUUCUGUGAACAGACUCAACUACUACGUUGGAGGAGAAAUUGUCACUAUUGCCCAUUUAGACAGAACAAUGUAUCUUUUGGGGUACAUCCCUAAGGACAACCGCCUUUAUUUGGGUGAUAAAGAGCUAAACAUUGUUAGCUACUCUUUGCUGGUCUCCGUGCUUGAAUAUCAAACUGCUGUGAUGAGAAGAGAUUUCGGUAUGGCUGACAAAGUUCUUCCCACAAUUCCCAAAGAACAGAGAACCAGAGUUGCACAUUUUCUUGAAAAACAGGGCUUCAAACAACAAGCCCUUGCAGUAUCUACAGAUCCAGAGCAUCGUUUUGAACUUGCACUUCAGCUUGGAGAAUUAAAAAUAGCGUAUCAGCUUGCAGUGGAAGCAGAGUCGGAACAGAAAUGGAAGCAACUUGCUGAGCUUGCCAUUAGUAAAUGCCAGUUUGGCUUGGCCCAGGAGUGUCUCCACCAUGCACAAGACUACGGAGGACUCCUGCUCCUGGCUACAGCUUCAGGAAAUGCUAACAUGGUGAAUAAGUUAGCUGAAGGAGCAGAGAAAGAUGGCAAGAACAAUGUCGCAUUUAUGAGCUACUUCCUGCAAGGAAAGCUUGAUUCGUGUUUGGAACUUCUGAUUAAAACCGGGCGUCUCCCAGAAGCUGCUUUUCUCGCACGGACGUACUUGCCAAGUCAAGUUUCAAGGGUUGUGAAACUGUGGCGGGAGAAUCUCUCUAAAGUCAAUCAAAAAGCUGCUGAGUCCCUUGCUGAUCCUACAGAAUAUGAAAAUCUUUUCCCUGGAUUAAAGGAAGCUUUUGUGGCUGAAGAGUACGUGAAACAAAGCCUUGCUGACUUGCGGCCAGCCAGGGAAUACCCCCUUGUCACUCCAAAUGAAGAAAGAAACUUACUUGAAGAAGCAAAAGGAUUUGAGCCUUCUGGAGUAAUGGCAUCUCAGAAGAAGGCUGAAGAACCCAUUCCAUCUCUUAAACCAGAAGUGAUGAAGACAGUUUUGCAGAAUUCUGAUCAGCUUCCAACAAGAGACCAAAAGACACUGCUGGACUUGGAAGAUGACUUAGAUAACUUGGAUCUGGAGGAUAUUGAUACCACAGAUAUCAAUCUGGAUGAAGAGAUCUUAGAUGAGUGAACUUACUUUUUAGAUGACCAAAUCAAUUACUUCAAACAAAAGAAUGAAGUUCUGUGGACUAUGUGCUCCAAGUUAAUUUGUUUUUUAUAUACUGCAAGUGAACCAUGUACGUGUAGGAAGAAGGGUUGACCCAGAAACUGCAUAAAACAUCAGCUUCCAGUAUGUUGAAAUUCAGGAUGUAGGCCUGUUCCAGUACAUACUAAUGAUGUUUUCCUU